AUGCGUGGAGCCCCGCUGGAGUCACGGACGGCGGGGCGGUGGUGCCGGGGGGGAUGUCGUAGUCGCCUCGUCAGCGGGAGCCCGACGGCGAUUGGGGGAGGCCGCCUUCUCCCCGCGGUCACCAAUUAUAAAGUGCCGCCGCCGCCGCCCGCACCCGCUCCGCAGCGGCGCGCCCGGCCCCGGCAGCGGGCUCGGCUCCGCGCCCCCCGAGCAGCCCUCGCUGGAGCUGCCAGCGGGCCCCGGCUAUUCCUGACUCCCCCGGGGCUCCUCCGCAGGCUGCUCGGUCUCGCUAUAAAUAAUAGUGGCUCCGACGCCAAGGCUUCAGCAAGGCACAGCUUCAUCUCGGCAACUCCCGGGAGCCCCGAGGGCACCGUCCCCAUGGCGUUGCUCCUGAGACUCGGCUGCUCGCUGCUGGCCAUCAGCACCUGCCUGCUCCCGAGGGCAAGGGCGGACUGCGGCCGGGACUGCGCCGCCUGCGCUUACCGCCUGGGACCCCGCGCCGGCAUCCACCCCCUGGCAUGUACACUAGAAUGUGAAGGAAAACUGCCUUCUGCCAAAGCCUGGGAGACCUGCAAGGAGCUCUUGCAACUGGCAAAGCUGGAUCUUUCUGAGGAUGGCAGCAUUUCUCCAGGAGACAAGAAAGAUCUGGAUGAGAGCCACUUGCUUGCGAAGAAGUACGGAGGCUUCAUGAAAAGAUAUGGGGGGUUCAUGAAGAAAAUGGACGAGCUCUAUCAGGCAGAACCAGAGGAUGAAGUUAAUGGAGGAGAAAUCCUAGCUAAGAGGUAUGGAGGGUUUAUGAAGAAAGACUCAGAUGAUGACGCCCUUGCCAACUCCUCUGAUCUGCUGAAGGAGCUUCUGGGAACAGGGGAUAACCCUGAGGCGGCACACUAUCGAGAGAUAAAUGAAAACGAUGGCGACGUCAGCAAAAGAUAUGGAGGAUUCAUGAGAAGCAUAAAGCGCAGCCCUGAAUUGGAAGAUGAGGCCAAAGAGCUGCAAAAGAGAUAUGGUGGCUUCAUGAGAAGAGUGGGCAGGCCGGAGUGGUGGCUGGAUUACCAGAAACGAUACGGUGGGUUUCUUAAGCGCUUUGCCGACUCCAUUCUCCCUUCAGAAGAAGAUGGGGAAACUUAUUCCAAAGAAGUCCCAGAGAUGGAAAAGAGAUAUGGUGGUUUUAUGAGAUUUUAG